GGGAAGCGAUUGUGCAACUUUUUCCGUGAAGAAGAAAACGGAGACGCGAGAAACGAGGUUUCGCGUGAACUCAAUCGCGACUCAGGCGAUUGCCUGACAUUCAUUCGAACUGCGGAAAUGCGGUGUUUCUUUAACGCUACCAUUCGCAGGAAAGAGUUACACGGCCGUCGGAUCGUCGCGCACGCGCGCGCACGUUGAGACGGAUUCCACCUCGACUUUACUCGGUCGGUGACGUCACGCGCCGUUCUGAGACAGUCAGGGAGACAGCUCACUUCGCAUCCCCACCGCACUGCUAUCCAGCUGUCGAACGAGUCGUUUGGCAGUCGGCGAGGCCAAUUUUCUCGAGAACGAUCGCAGACUACGUGAAGGUCUCGGCGUUGGCGGGGGUUCUUCGUCGCGACUAAAGAAAGCAAGUUCCGCGUCGGACAGGCAUACGCACACUCGAUCGAAGUAAACGGGGUCGGUACACGGGCGAGUGAACGUUGCCGUCGUAGUCGCUGUUGUCAAGGUGGGAGCCUAAAUCGCGCAUUUCCGUAACGGUACCGAAAACAGGGCGGCCUUCGCGGGCGCGACUUGACAAGAAUCGAAAGAAGAGACAAACAACGAGCUCCGCUCUCUAUAUCUCUUCCUCUCUGUCUGUCUCUAUCUCUCUCGCUCUCUUUCGCAGUUCACCUUCCUCUCUCUUUCUCUCUCCCCCUUCUGCUAUUCUUGCUCUCUCGGUCUCGCGUCGCAAAUCCGUAGCCUCGCUAAGAAAUAACCUCUUGCUUCGUCGCGUGUGCAGUGCGUGCGCGCGUGGUGAGAGAGAACGCGCGCGUUUUGCGUGCUUAUCACACGUUUGUUCGUCCGUCGUGCGUGCAUACGGACGCGAGUAAGCGCCCUCCUCUCCCCCCUUUUACCUACCUUCCUCCCGUGUGUGAUCAUACACGCGCGUGUGGGUGCCGUGAUUUCUUUCGUCGGGCUUGUCCCCUUGGCCAGAGACAACGCACAAGGUGCGGAGGAGGAAGGUGGUCGUCAUCGUCGUCGUCGGCGCAGCGUGUACACGCAUCCACACAUACAUACACACGCAGUCACAGGGAGAAGGAGAGUGAGAGAGGGGCCCCUCUCGCGUGAUCCAUCAUCGUCAUCGCUCGGAGAACUCGGUGACGAGCGACGAGCCCAUUUCUGAGGGAUGUCCACCCCCGCGAGGAGGAGACUCAUGAGGGACUUCAAGAGAUUACAGGAAGAUCCUCCUACCGGAGUGUCAGGUGCCCCGACAGACAAUAAUAUUAUGAUAUGGAACGCAGUUAUAUUUGGACCACACGACACCCCAUUCGAAGAUGGGACAUUCAAGCUCACAAUAGAAUUUACAGAGGAGUACCCAAACAAACCACCCACAGUGAGAUUUGUUAGUAAAAUGUUCCAUCCCAAUGUAUACGCGGAUGGUGGAAUCUGUCUUGACAUACUUCAAAAUCGCUGGAGCCCUACUUACGACGUCUCAGCCAUCUUAACAUCUAUACAGUCACUUUUGGAUGAACCGAAUCCAAAUUCGCCAGCCAACUCUUUAGCAGCGCAAUUAUACCAAGAGAAUAAACGGGAAUACGAGAAGAGAGUGGCCACUGUAGUUGAACAGUCUUGGUUGAAUUUCCAAGAGAGUCACACAGAAGAUCUCCGCUGACAUUAAAGGAAAAAUGACGAAAAUGUAGAAAACUGGAAUGGCGUGGAUUCGCACUGUGAACUUAUGUGAUCAUCACUUAUAAGUACCAGUAUGUAUCGUCCUACUCACUAGGCUUUAGGCGCUCCUCUGGAAAAAACACAUAAAUAAGGAAAAAAAGAUAAACGUUCAUAUCCCAACGCAAUGUUUUACCAUAUAUUAAUCCCGCACGCAAGCUGUACUGUUUUACAAGUGUAGACGAGCUUGAGGAAAAAGUACAUUCAUGUUAAAGGAUAUGAAAGUUUGUAAGUCGCGUGCGUUUGUGGAAAGUUUUCUUUCACCACAUGUAAUAACGCAAAAUAUAAGAAAACCGUGUAACUCGUUUUGGAUCCGAUAUUUAUCGAUAGGGCAUCACGCUUGCGCGUCAAAUUGUAAAUGAAUGUCAUACUCGAUAUAGUACCGAAUUAAUAAAUUUUGCAAGAAAGAA